AUGGCAGAAAACGCAUUGCCCUUGGACCCCUACUCAUCCGACGAUGAUGAAGAAGAAGACGCAGCAGAAGUUGCUCGACAAGAAAGGCGUGUUGAGCGAGAGAAUCUGAUAUCAGAGUAUGGUGGACUCACCUCUUCACAGAGAGAUGUCGUGCGCGACCCCUCUGCGAGCGUUGGAUCUGCCAUUCUGGCUUUCUCAAGAGAUCCACCGAGUUUUUCAAGAGAUUGGGAAGAAGACUCUAUUUGGGGGAUAAUAGACUAUGAUCAGCUCACUACUGCAUUGCAAUAUAAGGGGUUGGCCAGCCAAACAAGAGAUUCAUUGUUGGCUGCUCCCAUCCAGUCAUUCUUGGAUGAACGAUGGAGAACCAAAUACGCUAUGGGAUGUAAGUCGUUCUUGACAUUCUAUUCGAGGCGAUGUCCACAAUCUACACAGGAUUUUUGGUUACCCAGAAGAGAAUCCAUGAAUUUGGAUUUGAACGAUUCCAGAUCGGCCGAAGAAACUUUGAGAAUUCAAUUUGCCCGUUCACCAUCUGGACAUACAGAAUCGUCGGAGGAAGGGAAAGAGUUGUACGCUUUGCAUAUUAAGAAGGCAAAAUGGGAACACAUUGCUCCUUGGUGA